GCUUGCUACCCCAAGACCAGGUCUCCUCCCUACAAAUCCCAUCCCGCCUGCCACAAUGUCCCAAGGACCUGCAUGAGUGGCGCAUACGCACAUGCGUAUCACUACCGGGUUGGGUCAGGAGGAGGUUCCUCCUUUCCCCUCAACCCCAGUGCCCAACUCCCAACGGCAGCAACCUCUGCACAGCUCAGACCCGCUGACCUCCUGCGCACUGCGAGGUGGAUCUGAGAGGGAGAAGUAGGAGGAGCCAGGCGGAGUGAGUGCAGACAGAGGGGGCCCAGAAGGAGCAGGCAGGGGGCGGCUGCAGGAGCCUUUCCGGGCACCCAGAGUGGCCUGGACCAGCCUCCUUGCUUGUUGGGCAGCGGCGCUCGAAUGUCAAAGGGCGGGGAAGGCCGAGGAGGGUCUAACCCGGCGCACUGCGGGCGUCGCCAGUUGAUGCAUGAGCAGCAGCGGCCGCAGGGAGGUGGCGCUGAGAGCAAGAAGUGGAGAGGGGCGGACUGGAGUGAAGACUCACCCUACUAGUGAGGAGGGGGCCGGGAGGAGGCUGCAUGAGCGUGUCUGCCAGCCAAGAGCCGGAGUUCCCCCUGAUCGCCUCUUCCGUGGCUGAGAGGAAGAAGAGGAAGUGGAGAGGGGCGGACUGGAGUGAAGACUUGCUAUCCUCGUGCGGAGGGGGCCGAGGAGGAGGCUGCAUGAGAGCGUGUCUGCGGGCCAAGACGAGCCGGUGUAGUUGCCCCUGGAUGCUCCCGCGUGGCUGCUUCGAGCCGGAGCGACGGUGCCAGAGGCCCGCGCUGCUGCAGCGGGGAAGAUUUGCACGUGUUUCUCCGCAGAGGCCGAUCAGACUCGCUGCUGGACUUCUUGGCUAAGCGGGAGCAGGUGAGAGUUGGAAGAGGAACAAUGAGGGGAAACCCAGCAGAGGAUUGAUAGGUGGUGCCAGAAGGAAUAAAAGGGAGCACAGACUAAAAAGUGGAGCAAAACAGAAGAACAGAAGUGGGAAAGAAACACAGAAAAUAAGAGAAAGGAUCCUGUGCCCUCCGUAUAGCAAAAGCUUCACUUCUGAACCAAGCUAUAAACCUCAGUGGGAAAUGCAACCAGGUGAGAAAUUAUAUGAAUGUUUGGAAUGUGGAAAAAGCUUCAGCAAGAAAGAACAUCUUAUUAUACACAACAGAACCCACACUGGGGAGAAACCACAUCAAUGUUGUGAGUGCGGAAAGACCUUCAGCACGGGUGGAAAUCUUACCGUACACCACAGAACCCACACUGGGGAGAAACCACACAAAUGUAUGGAGUGUGGAAAAAGCUUCAGCAUGAGUGGACAGCUUAUUAGACAUCACAGAAUCCACACUGGGGAGAAACGACAUAAAUGCUUGGAAUGUGGAAAGAGCUUCAGCGAGAGUGGAAACCUUUCUGUGCAUUGUAGAACCCACACUGGGGAGAAACCAUAUAAAUGCUUGGAGUGUGGAAAGAGCUUCAGCCAGAGUGGAGAUCUUACUAUACACCAUAGAACCCAUACUGGGGAGAAACCACAUCAGUGUUGUGAGUGCGGAAAGAGCUUCAGCACGGGUGGAAAUCUUACUGUACAUUACAGAACACACACUGGGGAGAAACCGCAUACAUGCUUGGAGUGUGGAAAGUGUUUCAGCACGAAGGGAUACCUUGAUAAUCACCACAGAACCCACACAGGGGAGAAACCAUAUAAAUGCUUGGAGUGUGGAAAAAGCUACAGCGACAGAGGACAUCUUAUUGUACACCACAAAACCCACACUGGAGAGAAACCGUAUAAAUGCUUUGAGUGUGGAAAGAGCUUCAGCACGAAUGGAGAUCUUAAUAAACACCACAGAACCCACACAGGGGAAAAACCAUAUAAAUGCUUUGAGUGUGGAAAGAGCUUCAGGCAGUGUGGAGACCUUACUUUACACCUUAGAAGCCACACUGGGGAAAAACCACAUAAAUGCUUGGAGUGUGGAAAGAGUUUCAGCAGAAGUGGAAGCCUUUCUUUGCACCGUAGAACACACACUGGAAGAAAGAAGGCCCACCUUACUGCACACAUGCAAAUUGAAACAGGGUAGGAAUCAUACACAUGAAAAUGCAGACAAGCCUGAGACUCUCUCAUGUUGUGAAAUUUAAAUCCUUGUGAGAUUUCUUUUUCGGAUUUGUAUUACUUCCCUCUGAGGGAAUUUAUAGAUUUGUGUUUUUCUUAUGUAUAAUUGUGCAGAAUUCAUCCAAACUGAUUAAUGGAUAUUGGUUUUUCAUUGAUUCAUUGAUUGAUUGAUAUAUUGAUUGAUUGAUUAAGUGCCUUCAAGUCAGGGUCAACUCCUAGCAACCACAUAGAUAGAUUCUCUCCAGGAUGAUCUGAUUUCCACUUCGCCUUGAAGGUCUCUCAGUGGUGCAUUCAUUGUUGUUGUAAUCGAGUCCAUCCACCUGGCUGCUGGUCGUCCUCUUCUUCUCUUUCCUUCAACUUUCCCCAGCAUUAUGGACUUUUCAAGGGAGCUGGAUCUUUGCAUAAUCUGUCCGAAGUAGGAUAGUUUGAGCCUGGUCAUUUGUGCCUUGAGUGAAAUUUCUGGAUUGAUUUGUUUAUUUGUUUAUUUUCCUGGCUGCCCAUUGGAUGCUCAAAAUUUCCAGCACCAAAGUUUGAAAGCAUCAAUACUUUCCCUAUCUUGCUUCUUCAAAGUCCAGCUUUCACAUCCAUAGAGUGUCACAGGAAAAGCCAUGGUCCGAACGAUUCUGAUCUUUGUAGGUGUAGACACAUCACGGCAUCUCAAUCUCCUUUCGGAGGCCUUCAUUGCAACCCUACCAAGUGCUAGUCUGCGGCGUAAUUCUUGACUCUGGAUCCUUGACUGUUGAUGGUCGAUCCUAGAAGGAAGAAGCUCUCCACCACUUCAAUGUCUUCAUUAUCAAUUCUGAGGCUGGUUGCUGUACCCGUUGUAAUUAGUUUAGUCUUCUUGACAUUUAGUCGUAGCCCCAUUUUCUCACUGUGCUCCUUGACUUUCAUUACUAGAGCUUGCAGAUAAUCCGCAUUCUCAGCUAUCAGAGUGGUGUCAUCAGCAUAGCGCAGGUUAUUGAUGUUUCUUCCACCAACUUUAAAACCUAAGUUUUUCAUAGCAUAUGCUUUCUUUUAGUUGCAUCUGAAUACUUAUGUGUCAAUUCCUGGAAUGUGGGUUCUAGGUGAAACUCAGGCUGCGCAAAGUAAUAUAAUGGCCAUUUUACUUUAAAAAACAAACAAACAGAUGAGGAAGUUAUACACCUGCAGACAUUUUGAGGCCAAAAUACUAGUUCAGCAAUUUUAUGGAGCUCAACUGUGGUCGCAUUGGACCUUUUCCCCUCAGGAGACUGUGCAAUCUAAAUUUUUUAAGAGGAUUCUUCCAAGUUGCUAAAUUCACUCCUAAUGUAAUUUUAAGACUUGAGGCUGGAAUUUUAAUGGUGGAAACCAAAAUAUGGUUUAAAAUUUUGUUCUGUAUGAUCCAAGGGUUUGUCCUUGUAAUUCUGGCGCAUUUGAGGCAAUGCAACAUGUCCUUCCUAAGUGGCUGCCAGUAGGUUUCAGGACAUAAUACAGAGUGCUAGUUAUAUAAAGUGCUAGUUAUAAAGCCCUAAACGGUUUAGGUCCUGGGUAUCCCCACCGCCCAUUGAGGUCAUCUGAGGAGGUCCGUCUCCAGUUACCCCCAACCCGUUUGGUGGCUACACAGAGAAGGGCCUUCUCGGUUGCUGUCCCGAGAUUGUGGAAUGCGCUCCCUGCUGAGAUACGAUCCUCCCCAUCUCUUGCAAUUUUCAAAAAACACCUGAAAACCCAUCUUUUCGCCCAAGCUUUCUCAGCUUCCUAAAUUCUUUAGGUUUUAAUCUCUGGUUUAUUUUAAAAAUUAUUGAAUGGUUUUAAGUUUUUGUAUAUGUUUUAAAACUUGCUUUAUGCUGUUGUUAACCACCCAGAGACGAAAGUUUGGGGCGGUGUACAAAUUUGAUAAAUAAAUAAAUGAUUGUAUAUUUUAGCAGUCAA